AUGAAAAUCUUCAAUUCAAAUAGUAAAUCAAAUUAUCCAAAACAUAGUUCAAUAUUAAAUCAAUCAAAGGAAGAUUAUUUAUUCAAAAAUUUGUUUCAUGGUUUUAGAUAUUUAGAUUUUGCUGAACAAUUAAUUCAAACACGUUCAAUACAUGAUUAUAAACAUUUAACACAUAUAUUUGAUGAAAUGAAAGACAUACAUUAUGAAACAUCAGAUAAUUCAAAUAUAGACGCUGUUUUCAAUUAUUUUGAUAAGUUAAGUACUGAAUAUAAAACAAAAUUAAAUACACUUGUACUGGCAAAUGUUGUUAAAGGUACAUUUGAUUGUUCACAUAAUACUGAACAAAUUGUUGAAAAAACUGAAAAGAAAACAUGUGAAAAUACAAAAUAUAAAAUUAUACUUAUUGACUCGUUAAUAACAUCAUCAUCUUAUUGUGAUGAAUAUUUAUCAACAGUUAAACAAAUCGAGGGAAAAGUACAUGAAUAUUUUAAACAGUUUAAUAUUAUACAUAUUAAAAUUAAAACAUUAGCAUCAAAUGAAGGUGUACCACAAACAAAUAUUGAUUGA